GCUGAUCGAGGCUGCAGCGUGGGAGGCUCGGUCUUUACCAACACUGCACCUCAUCGAAGAAACGUGAACGGCAAAAUGACAAAUCUGCGCAAGGAGCUAGAAAAGUGCAAGCACCCCAAUAGUCGCAAGACCAAGGCGCUGGGCAAGAAGGCACGACGUCAGAACAACAAGCACAAAACGCGCCUCGGCCAUGCUAUUAAAAGUAACAUCACAGGCGAGAAACUGAGCUGGUUCCUGGGCCAACUCGAUGAGGACCGCACGGCGCCACUGAGUCCACAGGAGUUCGAGGAUCUGAUCGCCUUGUACUUCACGCGCUUCGACGAGGAGCUGGAGCAGAUCAACCUAAAACAGUCGAUUGGCAAGCACCGGGCGAACCAGCACGCCGCUCGCAAGGAUGUGAUCACAAUGACACUGGAGAAGGAGCGCAACGAGUACCGCACCGGCGGCCUGGAGCUGCUGAAUCUGUGCGAUCCGCUGAAGUUGAAAAUGUUGCGCGAUUGGGACGGCAGCGCGUUGAGUGUGCAGCACCUGAAACUGGACCUCGUCUCGCACAACAUGUUGCAGCGGCUCAAGGAGACGCCCAAGGAGUCCACGACGACAGGCGACCAAAUGGAAAUAGCCUAGUAAACAUUGAGAUAAAUAAAAUUAUGUUGAU